GCACCACAUUACAGCUUCAUUGUCCAUAUUUUCUCCUCCAAAGCCAAAGAAAGAAAACACAAGAAAAAGAAAAGCCACAUCUAAAGCAGCAUCCACUGAUUCAAUUCCACUCCCCUUUUUCAGUGUUCAGUCAAUUAAACAACACAGAGAACACAUCCAGUGUGUGUGUUUUCUUAACGUUCUUCUUACUCCACUGAACAAAAAUAUUCCAUCAUUAAUCAUGAGCUUCAUUGUUCAGACAUACUCUGUUAAUCCAGGGGCUCGAGCCAAGUUCUUAACAUCAAAGGAAUACUCUUUCCAGUGAAUCCUUCUCCGCCCUUCAUCAACACCAAGCACAUAGAAAAUUCCAGGAAUUCAGUGAUACAUACAGAAUAAUCAUCCAAAUCAUUAAAAAAAAAUAAAAAUGGAUCCCUUGAAUUUGCACAACAUCAAAGUGGAGAAAGCCAAUGCAAAGCUUAGGUACCGUAGGAUGAAAAAAAUCACAGCCCUGUUCCGGCUGCUGGAGCUGUGCAUAUUUUUCUUCAUCAUUUCCAGGUUCACGACGCAACUCCCUAUUGCUUUCAAGCUCUCCGGCGAAUUUUUCCGGGGAAUAUCCGUAUUCGCGGUGAGUCCCAGGUUCGUUUUCAUCGUUGGGAACGUAAUAGUUAUCAUCCUGUUUCUGAAAUCCGGUCAAUUAUCCGGUAAAGAUGGUAACUUUUCCGGCGACGGAAGCAGCAAACCGGACCUUUAUGAGGAGUACGUGAAGACUUGUGAAAAGAGCCGAACUGUUUAUAAAGAAUUGGAAAGUAAGAAUAUUAUUACAAGUAGCGUUAAAAAACAGAGGAAACAGAGUAUUUCUGUAAGUAGAGAAAUAGUCCAUCCUGAGUCUGCACAUAUUAAUUCCGAGGAGAAGAAGAUGAAGCUACGUAGAAGUCAGUCUGAGAAUCCAAAGACGAUGGCGCUGAAGCCUGUAAAGGAGGAAGAGGAGGAGGAGGCGGAGGAUAACAUUGCCGGAAGGAAAUUACGGCGAUCGGUGACCGUUAGAUACAGAGAGAGUGUAAAUUCCGAUCAGGGAAAGCCGGCGGGGGUCGGUUCAAGAGCAGAGGAUCAAAUGAGCAAUGAAGAAUUCAGGCGCACAGUUGAAGCUUUUAUUGCUCGCCAGCAGAGGUUUUUGAGGGAAGAAGAUUAAACCUUUUUUUUCAGCUACCAUUUCUAAUUAAUGGGUUUUUUUUUUUUUUU